AUGGCAAAGAAACAUCACCCUGGGAAGAAUGUCGCAAAGCCCAAAGCUAAGCCACAAGCAAAACCUAAGCCUACAUUAACCCCGACUUCAACAGUUGCCGUACCACCACAGGAUGUGAAGCAUCAGCAAACGCUGCUCGCACUCUUCUCUUCAACCUUCAACGAGACCCUGAAGUCGGAGGACAUCGCAGCCACCAUACAAAAUAUCAAGGCGGCUCUAUAUGAUCGAGACUUCGCGAAAGCCUUUGGCACGGAAACCUAUCUCGAGGCCUACGCCGCGCGAUGGAGUCCCACACGAGCACUCGGAUAUGCUACUGUUCUGGAAGGACUGCAUGCGACAUGGCUCGAGCCUCUCCUGACCGAUCAAAGUGGUGAUGUCCGCCAGGAAGAGGGUGAUCGAAGUGAAGGUAUGGACGGAAAGAGCUCUGAGGAAGCUGAGACAGACACGAAACCAAAGACGCUAAAGAACAAGAUGAACGUCCUGUCCAUUGGAGGCUGCGCCGCUGAGCACGUUGCUUUUGCGUCCUACAUCUCUCAACACUCCCUGUCGUGCUCUCUUACACUCCUCGACUCGGCGCCGUGGGGUAGGAUAACGGACAGGCUCCAAAACGCUCUCGUCACACAGCCUGUGUUGCCAAAAUAUACCUCCGCCUCCAUCGUUGCGGCCGCCGAGCCAUUACUACUGCCGGGGCAGCUGGAUGUCAAGUUCCUGCAAGGGGACGCACUUUCUCUCCCCGAAGAUGAGUUCAAAAGCAUUCUCAGACAGCAACCCCUUCUUGUGACCAUUUUCUUCACCCUCAAUGAGCUUUACACCAGCGUGGGCAUUGGGAAGACAACCAAAUUCGUCGCACAUCUGGGUCAGCUUCUGCCGUCAGGGAGCAUCCUCCUCGUUCUCGACAGCCCUGGCUCCUAUUCAGAAGCGUCCGUCGGGAAAGACAAGAAGAAGUACCCUAUGCAGUGGCUUUUGGAUCACACACUGUUAGAAACUAAACUCGAAGGCUGCAAAUGGAGCAAACUACAUUGCGAGGAGUCUAUCUGGUUCCGAUUACCCUCGGAAGGACUGGAUUACCCCCUUCAGUUGGAGAACAUGCGGUAUCAGAUGCAUAUAUAUCAGGUAGAGAAUGUCUAA